AUGGACAAAUUGAAGAAAGCCCGUGGAACCAUUCGUGGACUCAUUACAAAAUCCAUCAAUGAAUUAGAGGCUGAAUUACAAAAUCCUGUGCGUGAUAUCAUCAGUUUGAGAACGAGAUUUGAGCGGUUAAAUGGACUACAGGAAAAAGUUGCUGAGUUGGACCAAUCAAUAUUCAACGAGAUGUUAUCAGACCCGAACGUAUCAGAAGAGGCACAGUUGAAUGAAGCGAUAGCUUGCGAAGACAUAGGAACACGUAUCGUUGCGACCAAGUGGAGGAUCGACAGUGAAAUUCAGAAGAUCGAGGUAACAACGAGGGCAGUGGAUGAUGAUGUAGCAUCGUCAGUAAGCACAACAUCAGCUCGAAAACGACAGUUCAAAUUACCAAAGAUCGAAUUGAAGAAAUUCAGUGGUAAGCUUUUGGAUUGGUUGGGCUGGUGGGCGCAAUUCAGCAAAAUAGAUGAGGAUGAGGAGCUACAUGCAACAGACAAGUUUCAGUAUUUGAUUCAGGCCAUGGAACCGAAUUCUAAGGGUGAGGAAAUUGUUAAGAGUUUUCCAGCGACAGAAGCGAACUACCCGAAGGUCAUUUUGGUGCUGAAAGAAAGAUUUGGAAAGAAAAAAAUGCUGAUACAAGUUUACAUUCGAGAACUUUUCAAAAUGAGUUUGGAAAAUAUCAACAAGAAAGCCAACAUCGUUACCACGUACGAUAAACUGGUUUGCCAUAUUCGUGCUUUGGAGUCGUUGGACAUCACCGUCGAGCAGGCAUCAUUGUUCUUAUAUCCGAUGGUAGAAGCUAGCCUACCUGAAGAUGUAUUGGUAGCAUGGCAGAGAUCUGCAAAGUACGACAAAGACGGGUCGAUUGAGGUUCCACCCAAAAGUGAGCUGGACUAUUUGCUGGAGUUCUUGCAACAAGAAGUGGAGCGUGAAGAGCAACGAACAUUGGUGAAAUCAAGCUUGAACACUAAGGUUACUUCGAAGAAAAUCGAUUCGUCCGUUCCAACUGCAGCCGCAUUGUAUACCAGUAAUGCAAAAUUGGAAUGCAUCUUCUGUAAUAAGCAGCAUCCGUCUCAUGAUUGCAACACGGCUCUUAAGAUGACCGGCGAUGAAAAAUGGAAUCUAGUAAAAGUCAAGAGAAUAAUAUGUCGGCAGUCGGCGAAUAACAACGAGAAACCACAAGAAGUAUCGUUAGUGAAAUCCGGCUCUAACAACAUUUUGAGUAGUGUCGUACUCCUGACGACAAUCUUAUUACCAGUCAAAACUGUGAAGGGUGUUGUCAACGUUCGUGGUUUAUUAGACGAUGGCAGUCAACGUAGCUACAUUUCAACGCAACUGGCAAAAAGAAUUGAUGGAACAAUGUUGGGAAAAUACUUCGAGAGGAAUAUUCUGUUUGGAGGAGUCAUCACCGGUAUUGAAGAGCGCUCGAUUUAUGAGGUCCAGCUGUACGGAAUAAACGGAUCAAUGUAUAAGUUGGAACUUGCGAACAAAGAUAAAAUCACUGGCAGUGUUGAGAAACUUCCACCAGGUCCAUGGAUGGACGAAUUGAAAUCAAUGGGCAUUCGCAUUAGUGAUUCAGAGUCAUCGAUAGAGGAUAUUGAUAUCCUGCUGGGUGCUGAUCUAUUACCAAAGGUGAUGACGGACCGGAGUAUGUUGCUAGAAUGUGGACUGAGAGUAGUGGAAACAAUUUUUGGUUGGACGAUCAUGGGUCCGAUUCCGAAAGAAGUGCAAUUGAACACAUCUAUGCAAAUGGCCGUUUCUUUAGUAAACGAAUCAGACAUUACUCAGUUGUGGGAAAUGGAGACGAUUGGGAUUCGUGAUCCAGUCGAAACAAAAUCCAAGGAAGAAAGAAAUCGUCAAGUGAAGGAAGAUUUCGAGAAGAACAUUUCAUACACCACCGAUGGGAAAUACGAAGUCAGUCUGCCCUGGGUCAAUGGUGUUCAAGAAAUUCCAGACAAUUUCAAGGUUGCCGAAAAACGUUUAAUCAAUGCGACGAAGAGACUGAAAGAGAAGGGUAUGUACCACACGUAUGAUGAUUUAUUCAAACAAUGGGAGGUGGAGGGCUUUAUCGAAGAAGUAAAAGACGCAAAUGAUGCACAAUGUCACUAUAUACCUCACCAUCCUGUCUAUAAGCCAGAAAGUAAGACGACGCCGGUGCGUCCGGUGUUCGAUGCUUCGUGCAAAGUUGGAAGGCAUCCGUCACUAAAUGAAUGCUUGGAAAAAGGGCCAAAUUUAAUUGAGUUGAUUCCUGACGUUAUGUUGCAAUUUCGAGACGGACUCAUUGGCGUCAUUUCGGACAUCAGAAAAGCUUUUCAAAUGAUAUGCGUACAAGAUGAAGAUCAAACAUUUCUGUUGUUUUUAUGGUGGGAGGACGAGUCCUGUACGAAAUUGAAAGUUUUCAAACAUAAGCGAGUCGUUUUUGGUUUGACAUGCAGUCCUUUCAUUUUGGGAGCAGUCAUCGAGCAUCAUUUGAAUAAAGUUUGGCCCCGAGACAAAGAAAUUGCAGAAAAGUUAAAGAAAUCGUUGUACGUAGAUAACAGUGUCACGUCGGUGCAUUCUAUGGAAGAAUAUGAACAUUUUAAACGAAAUUCGAUCGAGAUAUUGGCAAAGGCGAAUAUGGAGCUUCGACAGUGGGAGCAUACUGAGCCGGGCAGCACGGAAGAAGAAACAGAAAAUCAAGAUCAUUUUUCGGCGGUGUUGGGAAUGCGAUGGAACAAGAAGAAAGAUACGUUGUCCUGUGCAUCAGUUCCAGAGAUUCCAGAAAAAUUAUCGAAAAGGUCGCUGCUGGCAACUAUCAACAAAGUAUUUGAUCCGAUGGGAAUUUUGGCUCCAGCAAUGAUCUAUCCGAAAUUGAUGAUACAAACUACCUGGAAAAAGAAGAUUGGAUGGGACGACGAGAUCCCGUACGAAAUGAGAGAAGACUUUCAAAAAUGGGCCAAUGACUUGACGUAUUUGCAAAAGAUUGAAAUUCCACGAAACAUGAGAGGUAAUUUUUAUCUUAAUGAAGGUUCUACAGAACAGCUCCACGUAUUUUGUGAUGGGAGUCAAGUGGCAUAUGCAGCUGUGACGUUCUUACGAGUCGAGAGUGGAAAUAAUGUAUCGGUGCAAUUGAUACAAGCUAAGGCAAGAGUGGCUCCAUUGCAAAAGAUGACAAGUACCAGGAUCGAGUUGAUGGCUUGCACGAUUGGAACGAGACUUGGUACGUCAGUUCAAAGAAUUUUCGAAAGAAACAUCCCUUGUGUCUAUUGGACUGAUUCCACAACCGCAUUAGCAUGGAUUGGUCGUAACGAUGAGUGGGGUACGUUUGUUGGUAACCGAGUGCGAGAAAUUGUUAAAUCAGGUACAGUAAACGAAUGGCGACACGUUCCUGGCAAAGUGAAUCCAGCUGAUUUUCCCUCCCGAGGUGGGUCACCAAAACAACUGUUACAAUCAAUUUGGUGGGAGGGUCCUGAAUGGUUAAAACGUCCACAGAUUGAAUGGCCUAACGAACAAUUUCAAGUCGACGAGAAAGAAGUGGCCGCUGAAAGAAAGAAGUCAGUAGUCACUAGCGAGAAUCUUAAGGUAUUGGCGGUCGUUGAAAGUCCAUGGUAUUCGAAGAGCAGCUCGUAUUUGUUGAAUCUGAGAAGCAUCGCAUUUCUGAAGAGGUUUGCUUAUAACUGUAUGGCAAAGAAACAAAAUAUUGACCGUCGAGUGGGUCAUUUGACUUGGAACGAGAUUGACGAGGCCGAAAUUACAAUGGUUAAGAUGAUCCAAAAGCAAGUGUUUCCAACAGCCACUGAUUUCAUUGCUGGCUUGAAAGUGGAAAAGAAUCAAGACGACAUUUACUACGUGGUGACAAAAUUGUUGUAUCGUCAAGAUAGUGGACGCUUCAAGAAACCAUUGCUUUUGCCAUGUAUCCAUCCAGAUGUGGAGAAAUUGAUUGUGGAAGAACACCUUCGAUGUGGACAUGCAGGAACGCAUUUCUUGGUCAACAAACUACGCGAACGGUUUUGGAUUGUACAUGCAAAGAAAGCAGUCAAAAGAGUGAUAAAGAAAUGUACGACGUGCAUCCGUUUUUCGAGGUCACCAGUAACGGUUCCAACAGCACCACUUCCAGAAAACCGUGUAAAGAAUGCGAAAGUAUUUGAAAUCACUGGAGUAGAUCUAGCGGGACCGCUCUAUUUGAAAAGUAACGAGAAGCAAUGGGUUGUCAUCUUUACAUGUGCGGUGAUAAGGGCUGUACAUUUUGAGUUGGUGGCGAAGAUCGACACGGAAGAAUUUAUUUUGGCGUUGAGUCGGUUUAUCUAUCGUCGGGGAAGACCUUCUAUUACGUAUGCGGACUGUGGAACAAAUUUCAUAGGAACGGCGAAUCUAUUCGGAAACAUUGAUUGGAAGAAAGUUAUGGCAGAUUCGAGAUUACAACGAAUUACGUGGAUUUUCAAUCCGCCGGCAUCACCAUGGUGGGGCGGUUUUUGGGAACGGUUGAUUCGGACGAUGAAAGAGUUUCUACGAAAACUGUUGGGACACAACAAAUUAACAAAAACCGAAUUAGACACGUCAAUUUGUUAUGUGGAGUCGUUAAUGAAUGGUCGACCGUUGACUUACGUCUCAGAUGAUCCAGAUGAUUUGGUUCCGUUGACUCCAGCAGCAUUUUUGUGUGAUAUCGAACAAUCAGAGUUUCCGGAGAUUGAGGUAAUAACUGGAAGCCGCCUACGUGAAAAGCUAAGACAUUUAGGGCAGUUGAAGAAAGAACUCCGAGAUCGUUUUCGAAGCGAGUACUUAGGACAAUUGGUACAACGAACGAAUCCACAAGACAAUUAUGCGUUCCAAUUGGGUGAAGUCGUCCUCAUCGCUAGCGAAGACAAAAAGCGGCUUGAAUGGCCAAUGGCACGCAUUACCGAAUUGAUUGAAGGCACAGAUGGCAAAAUCCGGGUGGCGAAGGUCAAAACUAUGAAUGGAGAACUGACAAGAGCUUUGCAACGACUGAUUCCAAUGGAAGUUGGUAACGAUUCCACUAUUCAAGUGGAUAGCGAAGUCAGAACACGAGCCAAAGAAGUGAAGACACCAGAGAUACCGGAACCAACUGUUAAAAAUCGGAUGAGAGUAAAGAAGAAAUGUGUUGCUGUCGAUCAGGAGGUCAUGGAAGAAAACUUGGAUAAGAAAUCGGACAAGGUCACGCGGUUUGGUCGAAAAGUAAAAGCUCCGAUUCGAUUUACUUAA